AUGAAGUUCUUAGUGCUGUUUGCAAUUCUGCUGGUUGCUCUGGCGGCCGUUCAGGCAGCUCCACAUCGCAAUGGCGGCUAUGGCGGCCGUGGAGGCAGUGGCGGUGGUGGCCAAUCGAGCGCCGUUGCCAAUGCCAAUGCUGAUGCUUCUACCCAGGGUAAUGGAAGCGCAUCGGCCAAUGCCAAUGCGAGUGCCAGUGCCAACAACAGCGGUGUCAAUCACCGCCACUCAGGAUAAAUAACACAGCAGCAACACCUGAAACGAACCACGCCUCAUAAACAGUACCAUCUUGAAAAUAUUGAAUAAAAUAAAUAUACUAUUCAUACUCACGGGUUAUGUUAUGGUUGGGCACUUCGUUGUUGAGGGAAGAAAUUGAACACAAUAACAUAUGAUGGUAAAAUUCAAGAUUAAAACCAAUGUGAGUUUCAACUUUUAUUCCAAGAUAAAUACAGAGAACUUUGAUGACAAACUAU